GAUGUGAGGGCGCCCGGAGGGAUAGGCCGGCCCCUCUCCUGUAUUUCUCUCUUUCGUCGCUCGUCCAACUUCGCGCCAUUAGCCUGGUCGCGCAGCAUACCGUUCCGACGAAUUCACGCGGCGUUGUUUUUUCACCGCAACCGCAGGGACGCGAGCUCUGCCGAAUAUCAUGCUGAUUGCAGGAGCGCGCGCGGCGGAUGCGUCAUGAAGCGAACACGUGGCGCGUGCCGAAGCCGCGGCGGAAACACGCACCCUUCCUGCUGCCGCACGACCCUGGUCUGAGGGGAGAGCCUUCGGAGAGCGCUGCGUAGCUGCUUCCUGCCCCGGGACCAGAGAGAGAGAGAGAGGGGGGCUUCGUUGCUCAGUGCCCUCUCCGUUCGCUCUGAUUUCGCACCGACAGGUGCGUCCACAGGGUCUUGCAUGCGCACGUGGCCUCUAAUAGUGCUUUCGCUCCACCAAUUUUUUCCUUCUUCUUUUCUUUUUUUUGGCCGUAUUCGACUGACAGCGCCACAGCUGUUUACGGCUGUGAAGCGGAUCGCGGAGAAGGCUCCGGAGCCCCGCUUUUGCCACGAUGGUACACCGUUAUCGUGGCUUAAUGAUGCCCGUAUUUCAAAGAGAGCACGCCUCAUGCGUCACAGCCAUUAGGUCAGCUGAUUGUGCGUCGUCUUCCCACCGCCGAGGGCGACAGUGCGCCGGGAUGUCUGCAUUUGUGUGUGCUCGUGCUUCAAUCGACGAUGCGCUGGCCGUCUCCAGUUCACUGUGCCUGUGAUGAACGCUAACGAAAAACGGGAGCUGCACUGCGUCUUGUCUAGCAUGCGUCGGAACCUCGGGUGUGUUUAUGUGGGCCAGCACCUCGCACAAAGCGACUGAACUUGCUGUGGUGCCGUCGUGUUCGCCGCUUGCUUGGACGUCGGCAGCAAGGUUUCGGCAAUCGCCAGAGCCCCGCCGCCGGAAAGCUUUUGCAUUACCAAAGUUUCAGCGGCGCUCUCAUCCCUCUGCCGGAAAUACCUCGUGUGCAGUCGUUCCGCGAAGCCGUGCUAUUGUUCGUUCCGCGUCGCAGCGCAUGAUUGCUCUUGUUUCACAUCGGAGCUCGUGGUUGUUCGGGCCGACAGCGUGCGUUGUGCGAUUAGGUGCUUGCGUGUCUCUACCUGUACGCACCAGUGUGGGAUGCAAAAACGCGACGCUGUGCGGAACCUUCCAAGAUUGUCACUUCAGUGUCAGUGACCUUCGCGACGCUUUAUCUGCACACCUGAAGGCCGCUGCUAUCUGAGUAUCUGCAAUGACGUCACCGCAUUGAUGGCGCUCCAGCCAUGCUGCACCGAAGCGCCGGAUACUAAACAUUCCUUCGGACACAUCAUGGAGCGCGAGAUGCUAGUCAACACAAACCAUGUUCAUGAUGAUGAUGAUGAUGAAGAUCUCGAGGAUUGCGAUCUCAGUUGUUUCUUGGAGUCUACUUUAUUCACUUUCGAUGACCUCGGUAACAAGGCAUCGCUGCCCGUUCUAUUGCCUUCGUCACUGGAUGCGCCAUCCGCCAUGUCUUCACCGUUGUACGAGUCCCUGUUGCCAUCUGCCAAAGGAGUUCAGCUCACGCCAGCAAAAUCCCCGGUAGACGAAGUGACAACGAAAGCCCCUGACCGCGCUCUCGCCGAUGUGUUGCCGAAGAGUCCGAAAUCUGAACGGUCGCACUGCAAGUCCAAGAACAAGCGGUCGACGUCCUCGGCCUCCCCGCCGUCGCGCACAAAGAAGCCGGGCUUGAGCAGUCUCUCCAGCUCGUCGAGAGGAAAGCUCACCACAGUGUCGGGACGAAGUGCCGAAGACGAUGGACCUGGAUCUCUGCUUCCAAGUGGCAACCUAUGCUAUCCACAUAGCUGCCGCAAGUGCUACAACGACUGCGUGAACAAACUUAUGACGCUAUGCGACAGCCCGGAGGUCAUGACCUUCAGCAAUGCCCUACGGCAGCCGUACAAAGGCGCCAAGCUGAGGAAGAAAGCAGAGAGCGUGGACUCCGAAACCUACAUGGUUGACGUGGGCAGCAGGGAGCCGACGGCCACGGAUACGGUCGUGCAGCUGUACUCCAUCGACACGCACUCGGUGUCCAAGGUGUACUGCGUCGUCUUCAGCAGCAGGAAGCUAAGCGACCUGCAUAUGGGCCUAACCAAUAAGUCUUACGGCUUCAGGAUUAUACGCAGAAUUUUGUUCGUGGUCGACACCCUGCCACAGAACUUCGUCAAAGCGUACGACGAAUACGCUCUGAAACAUUCGCGGUGCUACCAGCCGCACCCUGAUAUGAGGCCGAAGGAGCAGCACUACCUCCUGGUGGAGAGCGACUACUGUGGUCCAAGUGUGCUUCAUUCUAAGCUCAAGCCCGCGCAAGCGAUCAGCAUCAUCGGCCAGGUCGCGUGCACGUUGGCGGUCGCCGAGCGGGAGCUGCAGUUCGAGCACCGUAACCUGCUCGAGGAGAACAUCAGGGUGCUGCCGUGUACGAGCAAGAACCACCACUUCCUCAUCGACGGCCGCACUUGUUGCGUCAAGGGAAGCGGCAUCAAGGUCACCCUCAUCGAUGACAACUUCGGCCGCAUGACUUACAACAACGAAGUCACCUUGCGCAUGAGGAACUACAAUUGCAUAUACAAAGACAAGACGGCACAGUACCUCACCCUGGAAAGGAUAAUAAAGAAUCGCUGGGACCUGUUUCAUCCGGAGACCAACGCUGUGUGGCUGGCGUACCUGUGCGGCCACCUGAGCGACUACCUGACCGUGCCCAACCCUUCGGGCGAGUGGCAGCGCAGGCUGGAGCUACUCGCGUUCAUGCAACGUGACCUUCAUCGUUUCCACUCAGCCGACGAGUUCGUGUGGAACUACAUCACUAGAAUUGGCCACGUCCACGAAGAUCACGGUUACCAGCCGCACACUUGGGAGAGCCGCACCACGUCCGGCCAGCCCAUCUACAUGGGCCUUCUGAGAAUGCUGCACUGGAGGGACAGGAAGAAGGACAGCGCCCCGGGGCCGUCGACGAGUCCGCGCGCUCCUCACGGAGGCGCUUCCAGUGCUCCAGCGGAGCUCGACAGGCGGCGGCCGCGCUAGUCAUGCGCCUCGACCUUGAACGUGCUGGCACAGUUUCAGGCCUUAAUUGGCGCCCUUGGCGCUACCUUAAAGCGCACUCAAUAAGAUAAAUAGGCUCGAAACGUAAAUCAUGCGUAGCGUCUCGCUCGGAGCAGCAGAAGCACGAUUUCUGUGUGGUUCAGCCACACCCAAUCACGAACGCUUAUUCCACAUCAAGGAAAAUUAGGCAACUUGUUCGCGUUUAUAUAUGGACCUGGAAAGUUCAUUUGCGCAGAAAACAUGUCAAUGCUAUUUGACUAAGAAAUUAUUCAGUUGAGUAAUAAUAUAUUAGUGAUUGAUUUGCUGUUCUACCCACACUAAAAAGCUCGCUUCAAAAUCAUUGCUGUUGGCUUACCGGGCGUAUAUUGUAGUUUCGAGCCACUAAAAACACUACUUAUAGAAACUUAACCGCCGCGCAAGUGCAGGCCCUGUGGCGUUCUACACCGUGGCCGCACUUAAAUCGGGGUAAAUGCGAUAACGCGAUAAAAACAAAGCGGGAAAUGCAGAGAGGUUAACCAAGCACAUGCCCGCUUGCCUCUGCUACACUUGGGGAGGAAAAAGGUUGGAAGACUGGAUCUAGAGAAGAUUAGAAAAAAUAAUAAAUUAGUUAUUCUCAUGACAUUAGCAGAGGAAUGUUAAGUAAUCGUCUAACGCAACCAGUUUGUCCAGUUGCCUACAAAAAGUGCAAUAGGGCAUUUGUGGCCGUGUGCUGGCAAGUAUGCUUAGGACGAAGUUCCAGCAUCUUUUCUUCUGAGAGCGGCCUAUCAUGGCAAACAGAUGAUGCUAGCUUGUAGAGCACAUCUUUGAGCAUCGAAGGAUGCGCAGUAGCAGAAGAGGUGCUUUAUUAUGUCGUCAUACGCACAAAAAUUGCACGCCGCAUUAAUGGCCAUUCCAAUGAGGAAUGAACGGGCAUGCGUAAAUUCGACGCCCAGCCACACGCGGUGCUUUAAAGUUGUUUCGCAACGGGAGACCCCGAGUGGCACGUGAAGUCGCAAGUUAGGAUGUAGACAAUAAAAGCCUAGAGUUUUUGAAUCCAGGUCAA